GCGACGACCGCCGCAUCAACCUGCUGGUCAAGAGCUUCCUCAAGUGGGGCCACGGCGCCAGCCACGAGGAGGGAUACACCCAGUACCAGCGCAUGCUGAGCACAUUAUCACAAUGUGAAUUUUCAAUGGGUAAAACUCUGCUGGUAUAUGAUAUGAACCUCAAAGAAAUGGAGAACUAUGAAAAAAUCUAUAAAGACAUAGAAAAUAGCAUAGCUGCAGCGCAUGAAAAAAUUGCUGAAUGCAAAAAGCAGAUUCUGCAAGCAAAGAGGAUACGAAAAAAUCGCCAGGAAUAUGAUGCAUUGGCCAAAGUAAUACAGCACCAUCCAGACAGGCAUGAAACAUUAAAGCAGCUAGAAGCUUUAGGAAAAGAACUUCAACACCUUUCUCACAUUAAAGAAAAUGUUGAAGAUAAGCUGGAAUUGAGACGAAAACAGUUUCAUGUUCUUCUGAGUACUAUCCAUGAACUUCAGCAAACUCUAGAAAAUGAUGAAAAGCUUUCAGAAGCAGAAGAAUCCCAAGAAACUCAAAUGGAAACAGAGACCAAACCGUAGCUAGAUUCUGGACUUAUCUGAGAAUUUCUACAGCUUCGAACAUGCAGUGAAGCUGGUACCUCUUAGACUUGUGAUUACAAAUUCAAAUUUUUCUUUAAAAAAAAAUACUUGUUUUGUUAGUGGGCCAAUGGAAUUGUUGCAGAUAAUCUUUGUACACAAAGUGUAAAAGGCAUUUUAUUUGAUUAAGCCUAAGAAAUACAAUAGCUUGUGAACUAAGACAUUUGUAGUCUUUUUGUUGUGAGGCGUGACAUUAGGAUGGUCUUUAAAAAUGAAGAUGUUUAUGCAUUAUUAAUAAACAUUUUUCCAAGCAA